GGCAUUGACAUCACAUAUAUCACUCACAUUCCAAGUACACACAUCGACCACAGGUUGAAGUUUGCAGAUCCGUUGAAAACAACGCAAGAAGAAACCACCAAACACGAAAUGGCUUCUUUCAAGUAUCUGAUAUUCAUCGCCUUGGCCGUGUACUCUGUUGCCGCCGAAGAAGGAGUAAGAGCAAAGAAACACGCUUACAUUGCCGCUGCCCCAGCUCCGAUUUUGGGUUACUCUGCCUCAGCUCCUGGAUCGUUUUCAUAUGCAUACUCUGAUUAUACCAGUUAUCCCUACAAUUAUGCCGUGAAAGCAGCUGCAUACCCUGCACCCGCUGUAUACCCAGCAGCAACGUACCCUGCAGCAACAGUAUAUGCCGCUCCAGCAUACCCUAGCUACCACGAAGAUGAUGGCAAAUACUGGCCCGGCAAAUACGAAAAGACUUACAUUCCAGCCUACAAGGCCGCAUACCCAAGCUACCCAGAAGAUGACGGCAAAUACUGGCCCGGCAAAUACGAAAAGACUUACAUCCCAGCCUAUAAAGCCGGAUAUCCAGUCGCCUAUCACUACUAAAUGCUCUUACAACAAUGAUUCUCAACCUUCCUGUAACUCGUAGUUUUCUUAUUCUACUUUUAACAAUAAAAAUGUGAUCUUAUUUUUGUCAUUAA